AUGCUUCCGAAACUUUUAGCAGAUCUCGAUUAUGUAGCCAAUGAAAGUGUGAUACAUACUCGAACAAUAAUCGACAGAUUACAAAAUUCACAUGAUCUUAUAUCAGAAGUCAUGCAAAUAAGCGCAUACACACAUUCUGCUCAGGCAGUAGGGUCUGGCAAAAAACGAUCGUAUGCCUUCGAACCAACAUACAACAAUCAAGAACAUCGUACUAAGGAAUUUGACGGGAAUAGUCAACUAGACACAAAGAAUAAAUCUAAAGAAUAUCGUCCUUCUUCGGACGUAAAAUCAUUUCAAAUCGCGAACACAAUUCCACAAUCAAUUCUCAAUGGUUUUACUACUGUAGUUGAAACUAUAAAAGAUAACAAUUUGUUAAAAGCUGGGCAUAUUGAGAACGAGCGUGAUAUUGAAAGAUUUGAUAUCAAAACCAAUCAACAACGUGCUGCGCGUAGUAUUAUUGGUGGUGGUGGUGGUGGUGGUGUUGUUUCUAGACCGAAUAAACAAGAAAAGAACUGA